GGUAUAAGAGUAUAAUAAUGAUUCUAGUAUAACACCAAACCAAACACCAAAACAACAAACAGCAUAUAUGUGUAUGUACAACCAAACACACACCCACAUAUAAUUUCAAAUGAUAUAUAUUAUAUUAAAUUAUAAAUCCCGUUUUAAAAUCCAUGACAAAUAGCGCACUGAAGAACAGAAUAUGCACUCCUAGACUGAUAUCCCUUCCCUCCAGCACAGGAGGUGGCGAUAUACACCUCAAAUCUGUUCUACACCUCUCUAAUAACCCCACAGAAGAAGAAGAAGCAGCUUUCGCAGCUGUGGAGUCCAGUCGAGUCUUUCGAGGAGAGGGCCGUGCAGAGACCUUUGGAGGGGCAGGUGCUCAAAGUAUAAACGGGGCACAGAUGCUAGUGGCUGUAACCAUUUACCCUCCUUGUUAGUGCGUCCGCCUCCCAUGCCUGAGACCCGGGUUCGAGCCCCGCGAGGAGCAUCAGAGAGGACCCGGAAAUUCAGCUGGAAUAUUCCAAUCCAUUUACAAUUGAAGACGAGCAUCAAAGCUUCAGGAAUAAAUCUGUAAAGACUGAGUUUAUUAAAGAGGAAAGAGAGGAGAUGGAAGAUCCAGAACCCUGCAGAAUCAAACACACUGAAGAUACUGAAGAACUAACAGAGUUGAUUGAAGAAAAUGAGCAAAAUGAAGAUUUGAGUGAAGUUGAAGAGAAAAAUAACUUUAAAAAUGGAGAAAAAACAUUUUUUUUAAAGAAAACAAGAGCCAAGAGAUAUUUCACCUGCACUCAGUGUGGAAAGAGAUUGACAUCGAAAUAUAAUCUUAAUGUUCACAUGAGAAUUCAUACAGAAGAGAAACCAUUCACUUGUGACCAGUGUGGAAAGCGUUUCAAACACUUAGCAAACCUUAAGGAUCACUUGAACAUCCACACUAGAGAGAAAUUGUACACAUGUGAUCAAUGUGGAAAAACAUUUUUGUGGGCUUCAGUCCUGAAAACACACCUAAGAGUUCAUACAAAGGAGAAACCACAUUCAUGUCAUUUGUGUGGAAAGAGUUUUUCAUAUCUACACCAUUUUAAAGAACAUCAGAAAAUACAUACUGGUGUGAGAGAUUACAUGUGCUUUGAGUGUGAGAAGACUUUUACUUCAGCGGGCGGUUUAAAACAUCACCAGAGGAUGCACACUGGAGAGAAACCUUACAAGUGUUCACACUGUGGCAAGAGAUUCAGUCGGACAGGACACCUGAAAAUACAUGAGAGGAUUCACACUGGAGAGAAACCUUACAAGUGUUCACACUGUGACAAGAGAUUCAAUGAUUCAGGAGACUUGAAAACACAUGAGAGGAUUCACACUGGAGUGAAACCUUACACAUGUUCACACUGUGACAAGAUAUUCAAUAAUUCAGGAGACUUAAAAACACAUGAGAGAAUUCAUACUGGAGAGAAACCAUACAAGUGUUCACACUGUGACAAGAGAUUCAGUAUGUCAUCAAAUCUGAAAACACAUGAGAGGAUCCACACUGGAGAGAAACCUCACAAGUGUUCACACUGUGACAAGACAUUCAAUCAGUCAGCAAAUCUGAAAACACAUGAGAGGAUUCACACUGGAGAGAAACCUUACAAGUGUUCACACUGUGACAAGAGAUUCAGUAUGUCAUCAAAUCUGAAAACACAUGAGAGGAUCCACACUGGAGAGAAACCUCACAAGUGUUCACACUGUGAUAUGAGAUUCAGUCAGUCAGGACAUCUAAAAACACAUGAGAGGAUUCACACCGGAGAGAAACCAUAUCACUGCACUGCACAUGGGAAGGGUUUUAAUCAAUCUUCUUCUCUACACAGUCAUACAAAAAACAUUCACAGUAAGUAGAACAUCUUUAGAUCCAGCACUUUCAGAUCUGAUUCACAUCAUCACCAAAUGAGACAAUAAUGCAUCAAGCAGUAAAAUAUCUGGAUAAAUCUGUCAUUAAAAGUGACAUGACAAAGAAGCAUUAUCUAUGUCACGAUCAUUAGCUGGAGAACUCAUAAACUCCAAUAGAGGACACUCCACUCAGGACUGUGGCAUUUUGGUUUCCAUCCCCUUUUUCGAACUCCAUUUCCCAUCCUGCCUUAUUCCUGGGACUGAUUGCACACACACACACAUAUAAUCAGAACAAUCACACUCAGUCUUGGCAAAGUCUUGUUUAGCCCUGUCUAGCAUUUCCGAGCGCUUUACCUGUGUUUGUUCUUCCCAUGUCUGAUUUUGGAUUGUGUAUACUGCCUUGGAUUCUCUGCCGCCUUCCUCGAACUCUUGCUUGUUAACGUUUCUGUAUUUGGAUAUGUCCCUGAAAUACUUGCUGUUCUCCGAUCUCUGCCUGUAUAACCAUUCUCUUAUAAAAUAUACUGCAUAUGGUUCAGAA